AUGUUAAGACCACUCUGCAGGUCUCUAUCCAGACAGAGACGGCUAUUUCACUGCAGUGGCGCAGCGUAUCAGGAAGCUUCGAGUGCUGCUAUAGAGACACAAGAGGAUGAUGACAACUUGCAGGAUCUCCUUCGACGGAAACGAAAGACAGAGUGGAAGCGAAGACAAGGGGGUCAAUCCUUCCUCGACAAUCUUAUAAUCAACGUUCGGGGAGGCAAUGGAGGUGACGGAUGUGUUGCUUUCCACCGUGAAAAAUGGAAGCCUAUGGGGCCUCCUUCAGGUGGUAGCGGUGGACGUGGAGGCGACGUCUAUAUUCUCCCUACACCCAAUCUCACAACUCUUUCAUCCAUCCCAAAACGCGUACGUGGCGCCGCAGGCGGAAAUGGCCAAGGGACAUGGCAGAACGGCAAAAACGCACCGCCAACGAUAAUAAAAGUUCCUCUAGGAACAGUGAUACGCGAACUUCUUCCAGGCGACUCACGACGCGCGAAGGAUGAAUGGGAAGCGGAGGAAGAGUCGCUGCAAGGACUCAGUCCCGAGGAACGUCGUGCGAAGCUUCGGGAUGACAGAUGGCUGCAUUAUCCGCGGUAUGCGGAUGAUAAUCUCAAUCGUGAUGUGUUCAAACAGGCGGAGGCAGCUCUGUACCGCGAGGAGAGAGCCAGACGCUGGGCUAGGAAACAGAGGUUGCUAUCACCCAUCAAUCUCGACUUGGACAAGACGGAGGAAGUCAUGAUUUCUGAUGAUGCACCUCUUGGAAUGGGCCAGCAUGAGUGGCUGGGACAUAUCAUCGCGCGGGGCGGCAAUGGUGGGUUGGGCAAUCCGCAUUUCUUGUCACCCAUGAACCGUUCACCCAAAUUUGCGACGCGGGGACACGAGGGUGAGCGUAUGACGUUAUACCUUGAACUCAAGAUUCUUGCGGAUAUUGGACUUGUCGGGAUGCCGAAUGCGGGCAAGAGCACUCUUCUUCGCGCAUUAACUGGCGGUCGAGCGAAGACCGAAGUUGCUGGCUACGCGUUUACUACACUUAACCCCAUUGUUGGUGUAAUUCGCGUAGCAGAAGAUGGAACCUUCGAAGGCGCCCUUCAGGGUGAAAAUAUUUUCGACGAAACUGCUAUUGAGGAGGAACGCCUCCGGGAGCGCGAACUUUCCGACAUGGAAAAUUCUAAAGAACAAUUGCGCUUACAAGAUAAUUCACCUAAUUCCCCCCGGCCUGACAUAGAACCAGGUUACGACUUUGACAUUCAUGAGACUUUUCGCUUCACCGUUGCAGACAAUCCUGGGCUCAUAUCCGGCGCAUCAGAAAAUGUUGGUCUGGGUCAUUCUUUCCUGCGCUCAAUGGAACGAUCACUCGCACUCGUCUAUGUUGUGGACUUGUCUCGCCCAGAACCAUGGGACGAGCUUAGAGAUUUGAAAGACGAGCUAGAGAAAUACCAACCAGGAAUGAGUGAUAAAGCUCAUAUGGUUAUAGCGAACAAAGCGGACUUGUUAGGUGGUGAAGGAGAUCGGGACGCGGUGGAGGAGGCACGUGAAAAGCUGCGGAGGCUCGAGGAGUACGUCAAAACGGAGAUGAUCGUGAAGAAGCCGGACGGGGAGCGCAUACUCGAUGUCAUUCCUAUCUCGGCAAAGAUGAGCCAGAACCUCAAGAAGGUGGUUGUGCUAAUGCAGAAAUAUGUUCGGCAGGCUAGGACGGUAAAGGUUUAG